AUGGCAGCGGCGGCAACAGAAGCAGCUAAUCUCAAGGAUUUUUUCGAAGACAACAAAAAACGGUACAAAGCAAAAUCAACUGAAGAAGGUAGACAACGUAUGCAACCUACACCAAUACUUCCAAUCCUUGUAUCCGACCGUAUGAAGGCGUAUCUGCGGGAAAGAUAUCUCAGCAUCGUAAUACCGUCUACAACAACAACAUCAUUACCAAUAUCAUCUCAAUCAGCACCAUCUCUACAUCCAUCUUUUGCUUCACUUCAAACAAAAGAUUAUAAACAUCCAGAUAUUCAACUUGAUCAACAAACAUAUGAUGAAGCAGAAAAACUUGAACAAAGUCAAGAUCGACGGGCGCAAGAAAAUCUAUUGCAACAAAAUCAAGUUCAAGAACAAAGCGACAAAGAAACUGAUAUAUCUAAUGAUCCUAUGUUAGUGGCUGAAUAUGCUGAUGAAAUUUUCAAGUAUUUACGUUCAACAGAAAAAACUAUGUUGGCUGAUCCGUCUUACAUUACAAUUCAACAUGAAGUGACGUGGCGAAUGCGGGCGGUGUUGAUUGAUUGGGUGAUUGAAAUCCACUAUAUUUUCCAGUUAUUACCUGAAACUCUGUUCCUGGCAGUGAAUAUCAUUGAUCGAUUCCUUUCAAGGCGUGAUGUAUCUUUAUCCAAACUUCAACUGGUUGGUAUUGCAUCUUUGUUUGUGGCCACCAAGUUUGAAGAAACUACAUCUCCUCCUAUCAAGCAAUACCUUUUUAUGACUGGUGAUGCCGUCUCUGAAGAAGAUUUACUUCGAUCUGAACGUUAUAUCUUACAAAUUCUGGAUUUCAAACUCUGUUACCCAAAUCCUCUACAUUUCUUACGUCGAAGUACCAUGACUGGCAACUUUGAUUUACAUAUCCGUCUUUUGGCUAAAUAUUUUAUGGAAAUUACCCUUAUUGAUCACCGUUUUCUGGACACUCCUCCUUCUCAAACUGCUGCUGCUUCCUUAUGGUUGGCCACAAAAAUGCUUUGUAAAGGUUCAUGGACACCUGAACUGGCCAAGGCUUCUGGGUAUACACCUUUGGAAAUCAAGCCUACUGUGGAAUUGAUGUUGGAGUAUUUAUCACAACCUGUUACAGAUGAUUCCUUCUUCAAGAAAUGGUCUUCUCGACGAAUGAUGAAAGUUAGUAUCUUUGUUCGCGAUUGGGUUCAAAGAUUCUAUACUGAUUCAUAG